AAUCAGAACAUCCACUAAGCCACGCUCCAUUAUAGCAGCUCUUGAAGUGAUGCACUGAUUAGCCGUAAUCAGGCCAGGCUCUCCUAAUCAGACUGCGCCCUUCAUUCCUACCACUAAUUUUCUGACAAUUACAGAGAGAGAAAGGGAUAAAAUAUAGCUCUAAUUGACCUCUGUGUCCUUGGUAGACUAUUUUAAUAUUCUGAUAUUUCCUCCGUAUAAAUCUGCACAUAUAUUUAUUAUACAGCUAUGGAAAAAAACAAGAUACCACUUAAAAAUGGUAAGUUUUUUAUUGUACCAAAUUGAAAACCUCUGGAAUAUAAUCAAGAGGAAGAUGGAUGAUCACAAGCCAUCAAACCAAGCUGAACUGCUUGAAUUUUUGCACCAGGAGUGUAAAGCAUAAAGUUAUUCAAAAGCAGUGUGUAAGACUGGUGGAGGAAAACAUGAUGCCAAGAUGCAUGAAACUGUUAUUAAAAACCAGGGUUAUUUUACUAAAUAUUGAUUUUUGAACUCUUCUUUGUGUUAUUUGAGGUCUGAACCUUGCUAAAUUAGGCCGCUGGUCUGAAGUACAGGAGGCAUUUAGGAAGCUCUUGAGGUGGACAGAUGGUGUGUCAUCUUUGACGUCGCCUCAGUGGGUUGUCCCUUCAUGACUGAGGCAAAGAAGCAACUACAGUCAGACCAAAGAAGCUCUCAGUGCAUCUCAGUAAUUAUACCAUGUAGAGUAAUCAGGCAGAUACAGGGGACAAUGGGUCCCAGCUGGACAAUAAACGGGACUGGACCCUGCAGAGAAGAGCCGGACCGCUCACGAGUCUUACUGGUGAACUGUGCUCUGCUUGGGUUCGUUUGUACAGUUGGCGUCUCCAGUAAUGUACUGGUCUGCUGGGUUGCAUUCAGAAGUAAAGCCCUGCAGACCACCAACAAUGUCCUCCUGGUCCAUUUGGCUGUGGGGGAUCUUCUGAGGUGCCUGCUGGACUCUCCUCUGUUUCUAGCAUCGUUGGUGUUGGAGGUGUGGCAAGGUCAGGCUAGCAUCCACCUCUGCUUCAUCCAGCAGUUCACCUUCUCUCUCUGCAGUUGUGCAGAGCUACUGAGUUUGGUGGCCAUCAGCGUGGAGAGGUACCAAGCCAUCGCCUUCCCCUUCAAGACCAAGAGGACGAACUGGCAAACACGAACUUGGACAUGGAUCCUGCUUGUUUGGGUGGUCUCAUUUUUUGUAGCUGUCCUAUCGCUUAGCCUAAACCGAGGAGACCCUACAUCUUACAUGAUGUGUGCCCACCUUAACUUGCCACGGAAGUCCCACGUGGUGGACCCCUUUGGUGCAUGGGUUUUGGUGCCCAUCUGGAGUUUGUCUAUCGCCGUCAUAACCAUCCACUACCUUCAAAUCUUCAUGGUGGUGAGGCGGCACGCCAAUAAGGUCUUUGACUCAGGCGUUCAACCAAGAGCAUCCAUCGGCAAGCCUGAGCCAGCGUGGACCAGGCAUGCACCAGGGUUGCCUCUUGUGGAGUCCAGUGCCAAUGCUGAAGAAAGGGCAGGGUGGGAGGAGCCAAACAUGCCAACAGGGAUAGUAGGCGCCAUAUGCAUCCUCACCCCUAAAGCUAAAGAGUUGGGCAAAAAGAGACUGGAGGGAAAGCUGGCCAAAAGACUGGGCUACAUCAUCACAGUGGUCAUAAUCUUCUGGCUCCCGCUGGUGCUGACCCUCGUACUCCAGGAAUUCGUAGACUGUGCCAAAAUCUGUGGUUGGCUGCUGUGUGAUCUGUACUCCUCUGCCUUGGUGGUGUCGUGUGUUCCUGCUGCUUUGGAUCCACUGAUUUAUACUCUGCUGCAGCGCCACUUCCGCACACAGCUACGCAAAGUCUUCAGCACCAAGCCACACUGCUGACCACUCACCGGCCCUCCAUACAACCACUGACCCACGCUGACCACUGACUGCAGUGACACUGAGUGGAUCAGAUACAGCAGCAGUGCUGCUCGAGUUUUUGAACACCUCAGUGUCACUGCUGGACAUAGAAUAGUCCACCAAUCAGAAAUACCCAGCCAACAAUGUCCUAGUAUCUGCAAGGUGGAGCAGCUGUAGGAGUGUGUAAUAGAGAGUGGAGGACAGUGAAUGAUGAUUAAACACAGUGUUUAAAACAUCCAGCAGCACUGCUGCUGCAUGUUAUCCCACUCACUGUACCAGCUCAACACACACUAACACCUCGUACACCACCACCAUGCUAAUCAGUUCUAAUCAGUGCAGUGCUGAAGAUAAAGGACCCACCACCCAAAUAAUAAUAAUAAUAAUAA